UAUUUCAUAUAUAUUUUUAAAAUAAUUACGUUGUAAAACUCAUUAUUAUACUCUCAUUUAUAUUUAAUUAAUCUUUCCUGUAAGCUCCAACCUGCAUAUACGGCACAUGCAGGUCGGUUCGGAGAAAAAGGUAUUAGCUUCAGCUGUGCAGGAAAUUAUAGUAAAUUAAACUAAUCUUAAAGGGGAAGUGACCAGUAUUUAUACACGAACGAUCUUCUUUGUCAAGCAGCCAUAAACACAGUCGAUUUCUGAUCCAAAAACAGAAGCUUUUUCAGAGUUCCUUUUCCAAAUUCUUUCAUAAAGAAAAAUGACGAUGAUAGAGAUGAGAGUACACAUGGAUUGCGCAGGCUGCGAGAGCAAGGUUAAAACUGCCCUACAGAAACUAAAAGGUGUGGAUGAUGUUGAUAUCGACAUGGGGUUGCAGAAGGUGACGGUCACCGGAUGGGCUGAUCAGAAAAAGGUGCUGAAAACGGUUCGAAAGACAGGAAGAAGGGCAGAGCUAUGGCAAUUACCCUAUAAUCCAGAGCAUCAUAGCGAUGCGACUUACUAUUAUGAUCAACACCAGGUUAAUGGUCCCUUGAACUACUAUGCCCCUCAGCCUUCAUCUUCUUACAACUACCAUAAGCAUGGAUAUGAUAGCAGUGAUCAUAGGUAUUAUCGUCAUCCUGUGCAAUCCUCCAUCUUUGGCCACCAGACUGGUGCAGCUUUCAGCGAUGAAAAUCCUCACGGUUGUUCAAUUAUGUAAUAUUUUUAAUUUUAUACCAAUAAGUGCUCUUCUUUAAUUACUCCUACAUGGGUAUAAAUGAAAAUGUGUAAUGCAAGAAACAAACGAGUUGUCUUUUUUUUU